AUGAUACAUGGCCUGCUCGCUCUGCGACGAGCACAUGCAUGCAAUGUCGCCUCGCAGCUAGCACGCCCAUAUCGCACCCCGGUGCCAUCAUCACAGGCCCUCGUGCGCCGCAUACAAUCGCAAGCAUGGGAGCCUCUCCGCCCCCCAAACCCUGCCGAUCUCCCCAAGCCGAGGAUUCGCAAAGUUAAGCCGCCAUUUACGAAGCGGAAAUGGGUGCGCCGUCUCGCCGCUGCUACUGCCCUUAUUGGUGUUGGAUACGCCAUAGACAGACAGGUCUACGCUUCGUCUUUGACCAGAUCCCUCCGCACCUUCAAGACUGGCCUCGUGAUCGGCCUCGACUACAAAAUCAACUUUCGCCCCCACCCUCCGUUCGCAGACAGCGUCGAAGAUGUACACAACCGCAACGCGGAGCGCAUCUUCAAUCUGCUGCGCUACAAUGGCGGUCUUUAUCUGAAGAUUGGCCAAGCGAUCGCUAUGCAGAGUGCCAUUCUGCCGCCUUCGUUCCAGAAGAUGUUUGCGAAAAUGUUCGAUGAUGCGCCGCAGAAUGAGUGGUGGGAGGUUGAGAAGGUGGUUCGAGAAGACUUUGGAAAGAGCGUCGAGGAGGUGUUUGGUGUAAGCUUUUCGCACGAUCAGACACCGGGCAAGGGUGUCAUGGAGAAAACCGCACGAGCGAGCGCAAGUGUUGCGCAGGUACAUUGGGCGCGUCUCGCAGACGGCAGGGAGGUUGCAAUCAAGGUACAGAAGCGUGAGAUCGCAUCGCAAGUCGGUUGGGAUCUUUGGGCGUUCAAGGUUGUUGCCAAGGCAUACACCUGGUGGUUUGACAUUCCUGUCUACACACUCGUACCCUACAUCUCCGAGCGCCUGAUGCUCGAGACCGAUUUUGAAAACGAGGCAGACAACGGCGAGGAAAUGCGUCGUCUUGUUGCUGGCGAACCACGAUUGAACGGUAGGGUAUACAUUCCUCAAGUCUACCGCGAGCUUUCGAGUAAGCGCGUCAUGACCGCUGAAUGGAUUGAAGGUGUCCGUCUGUGGGACAAAGAAGGCAUCACCAACAAAUGGCGCGGCGGUUGGCGACGCGGGUCUCCUGGUGCAGGAGGUGUUCAACUUCCACCCAUUCCUGCAGGCACGAAAUACGACCCCGACGUGCCCGCCGACGCGCCCAAGAACGAGAUCAUCAAGCCCAGCCGUAAAUCUUGGAAGGGCAAAGACGGCAAGGGUGGGCUGGGCGUGAGUCUAAAAACUACGAUGAAUACCAUCGUCGACCUUUUCAGUGCGCAGAUGUUCCUCUGGGGUCUCGUACACUGCGAUCCGCACCCUGGCAACAUCUUCAUCCGGCGCCUACCCUCGGGUCAGCCUGAAGUCGUCCUCAUCGACCACGGGCUGUACAUCCGCAUGAACCCUGAGUUCCGGCACCAGUACGCUCUGUUCUGGAAAUCUCUCCUCGCAUUCGACAACGCCACCAUCUCUGAGAUCGCAGUGUCGUGGGGCGCGAACAAUCCCGAUAUCUUCGCCAGCGCGACGCUGAUGCGCCCGUACCAGGGAGGUGACAAGAGGGUCAUUGAGGAGAUCAAGAAGGGGGUUCGAGGCAGGGACGCAGCAGAGCGCGCGUAUGAUAUGCAAGUUAAGGGCCGCGAUGCGAUCAAGUCCAUUCUCGGAGACGACAAGAAGUGGCCUCAAGAGCUCAUUUUCAUCGGCCGCAACCUGCGCAUUGUGCAGGGCAACAAUCAGUUUCUCGGCUCCCCGGUCAACAGGGUGAAGAUCACAGGGCUAUGGGCGAGUCGCGCGCUAGCCGAGAGCAAGGAGCUGAGCUCAGGCGAGCGGUGGAAGAACUGGGUCAAACAUCUGAGGUUCCGCAUUGUUUUGCUUUUGAGCGACGGUGUUUUCUGGUGGUCUAAGAUCAAGCAGGCGUUUGGGGCUGAGAGGGGGCUAGAGGAUAUCCUCGAGGAGCAGAUGAAGACCAUGGCGAAAGACUUCGGUGUCGAACUGAAUCAUGGUGUGUUUGAGGGGUAG